AGGUUCCUAGCGAGUAAGCUAGAGUGCUGGCUGCAGCUGAUGCUGAGGUGGAGGCCUGAGGCCAGGGGCCGGGAGAUCCAUGUCAAGACGGGGCGCAAAGAGGUCCAGGAGGGGGGCUCCCACAGUGGAAGCACCUACUGCUUCAAUCAGCUGGAUCUUAUCCUAGAGCUCAAGCUGGUCCAUGUUCUGAACAUGAUCACUGCUGAGAUGCUGACCUACCCCAUGGAGCCCAGUGAGAUGGUGUCCUCCCUGCAGCAGAGGAUCUACAGGGACACCAGGAUCCACCCAGACAACCAGGAGCUGCUGCUGGAGGCCGGCCUGGCCCUGGAGCCCCACAACGAGGCCGCGCAGUACGCCGUGGACUACAGCACGAUAGAUGGCUCGAGGAGUGAGGUGCCCUUGGUGUUUCUCUUUGACCGGUCCAUCUGCAACUAUGCACCUCAAUUCAGCCCUCGACAAUUACCUGACAACAUACGCCUCGUGCAAAAAGAGCCGAAGCGGGUGCUGCAGUUUGUCCCUCUGAGGCGAACGUAUGGUCAAGCCUGGCACACCAUUCGCACCCUCAAGGAGGACUGGCAAAGACUGCAGCAGGGACAGAAAGCUGCCAUUAUGAGUCUGUUGCGGCACAACGGCACCCUGUCCAAGCAGAAGAAUGAGAUGGUGUCCAUGCAUCAGCGGCUGAGGGCCACUCUGGAGUUCUUCAACGCCAGCCUGCACAUAGACAUAGACAAGUACAAGGAGCAGAGGGUCAGCGGCAUAGCUUCAGAAAAACUCCUCUGCGUGUGGAGGGACAUGGAGCAGACAGCACUCAACUGCGGCCAGACUGAGGAAGUAACAAAGCUAGAGGAGGAAAUGAUGGCACUUCAAACAGACAUUGUAGACCUGCAGAGGCAGCCAUGGAGGAGUGGAGAAGCGUUAGAGUCCCUGGAGGUGAAGGCCAUGGAUCUAUUCAGACGACUUCGAGAGAGGCCACGAGAUCAGCGUUGCCCUGGCGACUGCCAGGAGGUGGUGAAGCUGGUCGUUCAGGCCAUACAGUUCUACGAGAAGAAACUCAGAGACUUCUACUCACACCUGAGUAAGACGGUGCUGUGUAGGCAGCGUGUGAUGGAGUUGUUGCCGCGGGUGGAGGGGGUGGUGCAGCACAUGGCCCAGUGUGAGCAAGAGCUGCUCCAACUGCAGGAGAAGAGACAGAGGGAGCUGUGGGAACUACUCAAGGUGGCCUGUAGUAAAGUGCGCAGUCCUGUCAGUGGUAGUCCUGAUGGAGCUCGGACACCCUUGGCCCCCCCUCUACUCCCACACAGACCCCCGCUCCCCAGCAGCCUCACCACGCUACCCCAGCCUGAGGAGUCUCUUGUCAUGAUUGAGGAGAGCAGGACCUUUGAGAGUCGCCUGCAGAGUCUGUUGCAGGAGGCCAUUCAGGAAACAGAGCAGGACCUGCAGAUGAUGAGGGAAUGGGAGUGGCUGAAAGAUGACAAUCCCCAUACUCUCUGAUUCAGAUUGUGUGUGUGUGCGUGUGUGUGUGUAAGAGAGAGAGACAGAGAGAGAGAAAGAUAUAAGGAGAAUGUACUGACCCCAACAAUCCAUGGAUCUGUAGUGCCACCUUGUGGAGACAGAGCACCAGUGUGGCUGCUGCCCCCUGUAGGCCACUGGUGGAAGUGCUGCUCCUGCACCUCACCUCUCCACACUCAAACCCCUUUUACUUUGUUUUCAUUUUUAAAAUGUGUGUUUGGCCAUCUCAUCAUAAGUGGACAGUGCUUAAUACAAAUGUAAACAAGGACCAAAGUUAAAGUUGACUGAUAUUCAGCAGACUCUUUUAUCCAAAGCGACACACACUUGCAGUGGCGGGUUUGGGAAUCAAACCACCCCAGCCGCGAAGGACCAAGACACACUGUGAUUCAAUCACUCAAACCACUUGCCCAGGUGAUCUGAGACGCAUUUGAUUAUGUACAUUUUGUUGUAUGAACACAUUCUGAUGCAUCCCAAAAAUGGAACUUCUUAUGGAUGUGAGGUAGGCAACUCCAUAAAUCUGAACAGAAGUGGUCAUUAACAUGUCCGGAUGUACACCUUGGAAAAUGCCCUUUAAAGGGAAAAAGGACUUCCUGGAUCACUGUAAAAGUGGGGAUUUAGGCGAGAAUAAUUGCUGAUGUUUCAGCACAUCUGUCCAUAGAACAGGACUGUGUGUACAAAGUCAUUUUUUUAGGAAAUGAUUUAAAUGCAGCCAGAGGACCAUAAGAAGCAAUUCAAUGUUAUUUUAUUCCUGUAAGUGGCGAAAAGAGUAAUGCAUUCAAAUCUGGACCACUAUCAUAUAAUGAUGUGUUUUAUGUUUUCUUUAAAGGUAUGUGUCUCUGUGAGGCUUAAAUAGUUUAUUUCUUUUACAAUAUAUAAAGGAUUAUAGGGGAUUUAAAUUUAAGAAAUGGAUGGACGUUUUGAUAUGUAUUUUGGCUGUUCCAUUUUCAUGUUUUAUAUCUUCCUCUUUGGAUAUAUUACUGGAAAACAACUCAGGUGUCUGUGGGCUGUUAAACGAUUGUGAUGUGUCUGUUAUAUAAAAUAAUUAUGAUUAUGUGA